GCAAUUACUACAACUAUUCUUGGUACGUUGGAAGAAUUGGACAAAACAAUUACUAUAACUAUACUCAGUACGUUGAAGGAAUUGGAAAACAACAACCACAGUAGUACUCAAUAUGUUGAAAAUUGGCCAAACAGA